ACUUUCUGCUGUUUCAACACGUGCGUUUUGUUUAUGGUGCUGUUGUAAACGUUGUGAACGCGUUAAAAGUUAUUUUUUCGUAGAGAAAAUGCAACAGAAUGAAUCUCAGAUGAAAGAGCAGAGGUAAAAGAAGCACGACAAACCUGGGAAAUGGUAUCCACUACUGCAACAGUGACACAAACACGCAGGGCAGGCAGCCGUAUCUUCGCUCCUGCCCGUGCCCUGGGGCUCGUCAGCAACCACGUGCCACACGCGCUGAGGUACAUACGCUCCCGCAAGGAGCACCUGGUCGUGACAUGUAUCGGAAAGGCGUUCCACACGUACGGGCUGUCCCACCUCGCCCUGCUCAGCACCAGCCCUCAGCACGCAGAGGACAUAUCCUGCCUUACUGCCGACACCUACCACGUCUACACUGCGGCCGGCUCACAGAUAUUUGCAUGGCGGCGUGGUGCGGAACUCCAACAUACCUACGGGCAGCCCGGUGGCCCAGAUGUGAAGCUUUUGCUGCCAUUUGGUCCGCACCUGGUCGCAGUGGACAGCAGAGGAGUGCUGCGUGUGUGGAACAUUAAGGCCGAGGAUGUCUACACGGAGCUCAGCUUCGAAUGCAGUUUGUUCGAGCCCUCUGCAUUGGUGCACCCGAGCACGUACCUCAACAAGAUACUUCUGGGCAGCAGACAGGGACAGAUGCAGCUCUGGAACAUUCACAAAGGUGCACUGAUACACACAUUCAAAGGCUGGAGGUCCCCAGUGACUGUGCUCGCCCAAUCUCCAGCUGUCGACGUGGUGGCUGUCGGCUUGGAAGACGGCCGAAUUGUCCUGCACAAUCUGCGCUUUGAUGAAAGCAUUGCCACACUUGUGCAGGAUUGGGGCCCCGUCACGGCAGUGGCCUUUCGCACCGACUCGAGCCCAGCGGCGCGUCCACUGAUGCUGAGUGCGGCGCCCUCGGGUCAUGUGGUGCUGUGGGACCUGGACAAGCGACGUGCCUGCGGUCAGCUGACGGGCGGGCACGCGGGCGCGGUGGUCGGCAUGAGCUGCCUGCCGGGGGAGCCCGUGCUCGUCACCAACUCUGUGGACAACUCGCUCAAGGUGUGGCUGAUGUCUGAUGGUGAUUCUGGAGAGCCCCCGAGAUUGCUGCGGAUGCGUGAGGGUCAUUCGGGAACUCCAAACUGUGUUCGUUUCCAUGGAACUGUUGACUCACGUAACUUGGUCACAGCAGGGAGCGAUUCGACGCUACGAAUCUUUUCUACAAUCAAUGAGACAUUUAACAAGAGUCUCGGCCGAGCUUCGUAUAAUCGUAAGGCAUCUAAAAAACGGAAAGGAGGCAUUGCUGAAGAUCCACUGCUUAUGCCCCCCAUCACUAGUUUUGCAUCUGAAACCACGCGUGAAAAGGAGUGGGACGGAAUCGCAGCUGUGCACCUCGGAGUGCCCUUUGUCACUACCUGGUCGUAUGACAAACUCAGAAUGGGAGACCACAGGCUAAUGCAUGAAAGGUUUAACACUUUCAAGGGUGACCGAUCUCUCUCUAAUUCCUAUGCGACGUGCGUGUGCAUCACUCGCUGUGGCAACUUUGCAGUGCUCGGGAUGAGUUCUGGCCACGUGGAUCGUUUCAACAUCCAGUCGGGUAUCCACAGGGACACGUACGGAAGUCCUACUGCUCACACAGGGGCCGUGAGGGGCGUCGCUACUGACACCCUCAACCAAGUUACUGUCACUGUGGGUGCAGAUAGCGUGCUUCGGUUUUGGCGGUUUAAGUGUAAAGGUACAAAGCCACUGUCGAAAGUGGACCUGGACGAGCGGCCACUGUUCCUACGGACACAUCACGAGUCGUCUCUGGUCGCCAUUGCCCUGGAAGACUUUUCAGUGUCGGUGGCAGACACAGAGAGUCGCACAGUGGUGCGGAAGCUGGCCGGACAUCCCGGUGCGCAGAUCACAGACGCGACUUUCAGUCCCGACUCGCGGUGGUUGGUUACUGCUGGCACAGACUGCCGUAUCCGCACGUGGGACCUUCCUUCGGGAAGACUUGUUGAUUCUUUUCAGACUGAUUCAGCGUGCACAUCUAUCAGCUUCUCAGCUGUCGGCGACCUGCUGGCGACGACACACGUGGAUUACAUGGGUGUGUUUCUGUGGGCGAAUAGAGCCCUCUUCAAGCACAUCGCACUGCAUCCUCUUGAUCCACUGGAGGACAGUGAGGCAGAGGCACUCAUCACAUUGCCAGUUUCUGCCCCAGACGAAGGUGCAAAUAUCGGCGCUGAAGAUCUCGAUGCACCUAACGAAGAUGAGGAUGGAGAUGACAUGGAGAGGCCGCAGUCUCCAGCUCAGAUAUCAGAGGGCUUGGCCACUCUGUCUGGGGUUGCAGCUGUGCGCUGGCAGAAUUUGCUUAUGCUUGAUGUGAUCCGCAAACGAAAUAAACCGAGGGAGCCACCAAAAACUGUAAAGUCAGCUCCAUUCUUCUUGCCAACUGUCCCGUCAUUGAGUGGUGAAGUGCAGUUUGAUGUGGAAUCAGAGAAGCAAACUGAAAAAGGCAAAGAACUCGACAGCAGCCGUGCCCUGGUACCAUCCAGCCUGACAGUGUUUGGCAAACUGCUGAGGGACGCCGGGGAGGAGGGGGCGGAUCCGACACCCGCCCUGGAGAAGCUGCGACAGCUCGGCCCGGCCGCCCUCGAGGUGGAAGUGCUGUCCCUCGCGCCUGAGGGUGGUGGAUCGGUUUCCCUCAUGGCCACAUUUAUAAAGCUCCUGAGUGAUGCCAUGAGGAACGGCAAGGACUUUGAGUUGGCGCAGGCGCACUUCGCGCUCUUCCUGAAGCACCAUGGUGACCGCGCAGCGUCCGAGCCACAGCUCUGCGCCCUGUUGCCGACCGCGGCAGAAGCGCAGGCGGCGGGCUGGCAGCGGCUCCAGGAUCGCCUCAUGGCGUGCCUCGCCAUUGUCUCCUUCUUCAGGACUUCGUAGGCUAUGUGGGGAGCUGUGUGCUGAACUGUAUACUGUGCACACAAAGAGCUAGAGACUGUGUUUAAUGUGGUGUGCCUUCAGAGACACUCUUCACUGUGCCUUCAGCUGUAUUGUACUGGUGUGUAACAGUUCGUAACAAGUUGUGAUGAUGUGGAUCCCAGUUGGACCAUUGUGUUUGUUUUGAAUACCAUAUUUGAUAUUUGGUAUUUAUCCGGAUACUGCUUAAUGCUUGGUCACAUUGUAAGUGGCAGGGCUGUAGGUAGGGAGAGGGGAAUGAGAAGAGGGACAUUACUUAACUUCUUUGCUAUUACUGCUGAAAGCUGAUUUGCAUUUAUAUUGAAUGCCGGGUAGGAACCUCAACAACAUAGGAAAAGACAGAUUGCUACUUACUGUGAAGAAGAAAUGACAAGUUGCAGACAGGCACAAUUAAAACACACUCACAUAUAGCUUUUGGCCACAUCCUAUGUCUGUUAAAAAAACACGCACACACACACACACCACACACACACACACACACACACACACACACACACACACACACACACACACACACACGGCAAGCAUACCUCACACAUGACCACCAACUCCAGCAUUCCAGCCCGAUAUGAUGGAAUUGGUGGUUAAGCACAUGUGAGGUGUGCUUGCUUGUGUGUGUGGAUGCUGCAGGUAUGUGUCUCUCUUACUGACAAAUGCUGUGGCCAAAAUCUAUAUGGGAGUGUUCUUUUAAUUGUGCCUGUCUGCAACUUGAUGUGUCUUCUUUAUGGUAAGUACAGUGUUGUAUUUGUACUAGUAUGACACAGUACAUAACAACUUGUGAUGCUCAACACAACUUGACUGUUGCAUCGGUUUUCAAGUGUUUGGAAUUUAAUGUAAUACUGGCAAUUGCUCAGGUUUCCUUGUAUCCGUCAAUGAGGAUGGGAGAGGGGGGCUGGGGAUUUCUAGAAGGGGAACUUCUGUGGUAUCAUUGCUGAAAGCUGGUCCGCCCUGAUAGCUGAAUGGUCAGAGUGACAGACUGCCAUCCUAAGGGGCCUGGGUUCGAUUCCCACCUGGGCCGGGGAUUUUCUCCGCCCAGGGACUGGGUGUUGUGUUGUCUUCAUCAUCACUUCAUCCCCAUCCGGCGCACAGGUCGCCCAAUGUGGCAUCGGAUGUAAUAAGACCUCCACCAAGGCAACCAGAUCUGCCCCGUAAGGGGCCUCCCGGCCAAUGACGCCAAAUGCUCAUUUCCAUUUUCCAUUGAUCAAAGCUGACGCUGUAUCUUUAGCCAUUUGUAAAUGACAUUCUGUGAAUGGGGCACAUGUUGUGCAGUGACACAGUUUAGAAACUAAACUUGAGUGACGGAGGAAGAUCUUAUGAAAAAGCUCAACCUUUUAAACUAGUGAAAUGAUAUCCUGUUUGGAAUACGAACAAUGGAAAAAAAAAAUUGUGUGAUCACUUUCUAUAUAGUUGUGACCUUAAACAGGAACAAAAACAAAACUGAAAAUGUUGAACUUUCAUACAUUAUUCUCAGGGGGACUGAUGGCCUUAGCUGUUUAGUCCCCCUUAAACAUCUCAACAACCACCAGCAUUAUUCUCAUCAGAGCUAACAACAACAGUGAAAACACACACACACACACACACACACACACACACACAGAGAGAGAGAGAGAGAGAGAGAGAGAGAGAGAGAGAGAGAGAGAGGGGGGGGGGGGGGCGGCAGACGCACACAAUCGAUUGUCCUGGCUGACUUCACUGUCAAGUUGUCAAGCACUGAAGCUCUAACGGGGCAGAAUAUCACCUGACAAAAGGAAUUGAAGACCAAUCCCUGGUGGCAGCAUUGUCGUAUUUAUGGCCAAGAAACUGGGAAGGAGGCCAUAAUGGCAUAAACUCCCGGUAUUCUUAUAAGUGGAACACUAUACAUCUAUAUGCCAUCGCCACGCAUACCUCAACACUUACCACAACUUUUGUUUGCAAAAGUUCUGGCAGACUGUCACUGUGGUCUUUCUGCACUAUGGAGUUGGCAAUGUUUCUCAUGGGUUAAGGCAGUGUUAGCAACAAUUGGUACGUGGAUGACCUUCCUGAUGCCAUCACUCCCCCAUCUGUCCUAAUCUGUUGUAAGUCUCACGUGCAAGCGCAAGGAUGUUUUACAAAUGUUUGCAUAGCCUGUAUCUGGGGCAGGAAAUGGGUACCAACCCAUUAUUUGUCAGUUGUGGGGAAACUGCUUAAAAACCACAUCCAGGCUGGCUCACUCUCCAGCUCUCAUCGUCAGUCUGCGAGGGGCAUGUAGUCCAGGGAAUGCUCCCCUCCAUGAGUCUCAGGAGCAGCAUUUUAACACACUGGGCAAUCCAUGUGAUUAACACAGUUAUACUCAUCAUUUGUGUAAUAUUUAUUGUGUGCACUUUACCUCUUCCUUUUUCAGGCAUAUUCUUGAAUGCCAAUUGGUUAACCUCGUGUCCUCCUACCAUAAUUUACACACCAUCGAAUGUAACAACAUUGAUUCUUUGCUUGCCAGUUUCAUUACCUUUUCCAUGUUCACGGUUACUUCUUCUCAUUGAUUAUAAAUUAGUUUUGUGAACACUAAGCCAUCAUGGAUGCCUGUUGAAGAAUUUUCCCUUGUGUAUGUAUAUAAAAAAAAAACGCCUGUUGACUGCUGAAGACUUCAACUCUCUGGAGGCGUUCACAUUUAAUUGUGGCAUUAUUUAUAUUCAUUUAAACUAUGUUGCCAACUAGUAGCAGUGUGCUUUGCACCUCUUCUAUGGUUUGUGUGUUGAAUUAGUUAGCGCUAUACACUUUGUGCAAAGAAAGAUUAUCUCUGUGCGAGUAUUACUGUCCUUUGUCUCGUUACUAAUAUGUGGUUUUCAGUGCACGACUAGGUUGAACAAUCCAAUUCUUGUUUGAAAUUACGUGAAUAUUUCUUUCUUCUCUUCCAGAUGCUAGAGAAAAGAUGGUAUGUUAAUCUGCAUUUCAAAUUGUACUGACAUUUUGUCUUUUGGCUUGUAAUUGGAUACCCAGUGCUGUUCAGCAAUAAUGAACUUGCAGCAGUACCAGUGAUGCAACUGAAUUGCAGUAGCAGUUUUACUGCAGAGUGUAGUCUUGCUGGAUUUCUUGCUUGAUUUAAAUUCUAAAAAUUACCAACUUGUGCAUUCUAGGUAAUGGUGUAGCUAUUUCGGUUGAGCAAUACAGUAUACUGUCUCACUGUUGAGGCAAUGGUCAUGAAGUCAUUCUAUCGUGACAGAAGUAUUUUUUCCCAUUUAUUUGUCUGAUCAAUACUUGUGACUAUCAAAACAUUUUGGAGUUCACUGAUGAUGAGCUGGUGGUUUUGCCCAUUGCAAAAGAAUGAGAGGAAUAAAAGCUGACAGUGGUAGUUGGUAGUUACAAGAGGGGAAAUGGGUGUGAAUAAACUAAUGAGAUUGAAGAUGCAUACAGAAACUUUCUUCCAUGCUGUUUUCAUUAUGGCUGUAGUUGCAAACUUGCCGUAAUAAUUGCACUGUGCAAGAUGUGUUCUUUACUCAACAGUUAAUAAUACUUUGGAUGGGUUCUCAAAAGGGGUGAAUAUGAGAUGUCUGUCAUCCUUACGUAUUUAUUUUUCUGCAACAAAUUUUCUUUAUAUUGAAGGGCUAUUGAAUUAAUUAUGCAUGACAAGAAUACUUUUUAAUUUCUAGUAACUAAGGAAUUCGUCCGUACAGAUUUUUCUUUCCGAAUUAUUUUAAGUGAUGGUGUAGAAUGAUGUACUUCACAUGGUCUGCCCUCCACCCCCCAACAUGUUCAUGCGCAUGCUCUCCACACACACUCACUCGCUCACUCACUCGCUCACUCACUCACUCACUCACUCCUCUUUAAGAGGAUACUGCAAUUCAUGCUUGCUAAUGAAUGGAACUGGAACUGGUGCACUGUUGCAGAACUGUCAGGCAGUGGAAGUAUUUAAUAUUUUAUGCGAGUGAUGUCUUCCAUCUUGUGGUGUAUUUUGUACACUGUUGUAUCUGUAAAUAAAAUUUAUAUAUAAAAACAAAUUUUGUUAAUA